AUGCCGUUCGUGUCCUCGAACCCCUGUGCUGUGUCCCACAGCCACGACCCCGAGCUCAGUCGAGCUCCGGUCACCGCCACGCUCCGCCGGCUCACCCGAGCUCCCCCGAACGCGCCCGCAAGCUCCAGCCACCUCAUGGCCGGCUCUCCGGCCGCUGCUAGUUCUCCUGCUACUGCCGCGCUGCCGCCUGCAGCUCGUCUUGGCCGCACCUCCGCGCAUCAGCCCGCGCAUGUGGUCGCCGCCCCCACGCCGCUCGUUGCUCCCGCGCAGCCCCGCACCCUUGUCCAGCCACCCGCUUGCUGUACUGCUGCUGCUACUAACUACUGUAGAUGCAACUAG